AUGCCGUUCAUACCAGCUCUCGCCGAAGUCUCUCAUCCUUUUAGCACUUUGAUCAAAGGCAAUGCCAAAUUCCUUUGGACAGCGGCUCAUCAAGCAGCCUUUGAGAAGAUUAAGACCAUUCUUGCCUCCUCGACCACCAUGCACCCACCUGUUAGGGAACAGCCUCUACUUUUCUAUCUCACUUCAACUGACAAGUUUAUUAGGGCCCUUCUCGCGCAAACAAUCGACGGGCAAGAACGACCAGUCUAUUAUCUCAGUCACCUUGUACGCGAAGCUGAGGCUCGCUAUUCAGCCAUUAAGCGUCACUGCCUCGCCCUUGUUUUCACUGCAUAG